AUGGGGCCUCUAUUUUUCGCACUAUUUUUCAACGAUGUUACAUUACUGUUGGAUGUUGGCGUAAAACUUGUGUACGCCGAUGAUUUGAAGCUUUAUAUGCCGAUACGAUCCAUCGAAGACUGUCGCCGAUUACAAGAGCUCCUGGAGGUAUUCAUCCUUCCAGAAACAUUCGCAUCCCAGCAGCAGCUACAGCAGCACACGACGCUGACAAUAACUUCAAACGAACCGUCACGUCAAUAUCAUCAUCAGUCGAACAUCGCGAGCGACACCAUCCAUCAGCAUCACCACCACCAUCAGACCUUACCACGGGCCGGAAAAUCCGCUCCACUGCCUCCGAUUCGUUCGUCGAGCAACAAUGCUUCCUCAUCGCCUCCGCUAGCCAUAGGCCCCAGCCAAGUGACUGUCAUUUCCGGUUCACCCGGCACUGGCUCGACGCUUCCUCCUUCAGCCCAGUCGACAGCUCCACUUACUUCCAUUCUUGUAAAUAAUAGCAACCCCCAUCAUCACCACAGUCACCACCAGCAGCGCCAUCAACAGCAGAACACAGCCGGAACGGUAGCCAACAACAGUAACAUUAUUACAGUGGAUUUGGUGAACUCGACGAAUCCGAAACAUUCCGCCGGCGGCGGUGGCGCAGGUAGUUCGUAUAGUGCACAUAGCAACAAUUUUAUCGGUAGCAGUAGUUUAGCAAAUACCAGUGGCACCCAUCAUCAUCACCACCAUUCGCAUCACCACGCGAGCCCGGGUGGAAGCGGGAGUACCGCCGGAACCUUAGCCAAUCCAUGCCAACCGUCGGCAUCGUCGUCGUCGUCGGCAGGACCUUCUACUUCGGCUCUCGGGGCGAGCACCGCUCCCGGCAGUGGCUCGACGUUGAAGAAACGUGUUCAGAUCCAAGAGGUGACCGUAUAG